AUGGCUAUAAAGAACAUCAACUGCAUCACCAUUCUUCUGGCGGUGUACACGGUGGUUGUCGCGGCAAAGCUUCAACGUUUUGAUCAUCUGCCGUCAAAGAUGGAUGGGUCUAUCGAUAUUUUGGUGAUUGGUGAUUGGGGACGUAAAGGACUUUACAACCAAUCCGAUGUUGCUUUCCAGAUGGGAAAAGUGGGAGAAAUUUUGGAUGCAGACUUCAUCAUAUCAACCGGUGACAACUUCUACGAGGAUGGCUUAAUUGACGAGGAAGACCCUUUGUUUGUUGAGUCGUUUACUGAUAUAUAUACAGCAUCAAGCUUACAAAAACAAUGGUAUGCAGUGUUGGGGAAUCAUGACUAUCGGGGCAAUGUGUUGGCGCAACUUAGCCCUGCCCUCACACAAAGGGAUAGCAAAUGGCUCUGCCUUAGGUCCUUUAUCGUAAAUUCUGGAAUUGUGGAAUUUUUCUUCGUCGAUACAACACCGUUUCAAGAUAAGUAUUUCACGGAGGAAGAACAUACAUAUGAUUGGAGAGGUGUGCUUCCUAGAGAAGAUUACCUCUCAAACGUCUUGAAGGAAGUUGAUAUGGCACUCAAAGAAUCAAGUGCCAAGUGGAAAAUUGUGAUUGGCCAUCAUACAAUUUUUAGUGCUGGUUCUCAUGGAAAUACCCAAGAGCUUGUAGAUCAACUUUUACCCAUCCUUGAGGCAAGGAAAGUGGAUCUUUACAUAAAUGGGCAUGAUCAUUGCUUGCAGCACAUUAGCAGUCAAAACAGUCAACUUCAGUUUCUAACGAGUGGAGGUGGGUCAAAGGCAUGGCGGGGUGAGAUCAACGAUUGGGACUCUAACGAAAUGAAGUUCUAUUACGAUGGUCAGGGAUUCAUGACACUUGGAAUUGCGGAAAAUGAAGUCAAUGUGGCUUUCUAUGAUGUCGUUGGCAAGAUCCUACACACAUGGAGUACCUCCAAGUAUACACAUAUGGACUCGUAAAUGAGCAUUGAUUAUUCAUUUAUAUAGGCACAUCGA